CCACGAUCCGAUUAUUAUCCCCUCGAUCCAACGGACCCAAUACACUCUCUCUUCCCCUCUCCCUCUCUCUCUCUAUAACGGCGAACUCCGAUUUACCGAUCGAUCUGAGAUGGCGGACUCCGACAACGAUUCAGGCGGCCACAAGGACGGAGGCAGCGCGUCGUCGCGCGAGCAGGACAGGUUCCUGCCGAUCGCGAACGUGAGCCGGAUCAUGAAGAAAGCGUUGCCGGGGAACGCGAAGAUCUCCAAGGACGCGAAGGAGACGGUGCAGGAGUGCGUAUCGGAGUUCAUCAGCUUCGUCACCGGAGAGGCGUCCGACAAGUGCCAGAGAGAGAAGAGGAAGACGAUCAACGGCGACGAUCUCCUCUGGGCGAUGACGACGCUAGGGUUCGAGGAUUACGUGGAGCCGUUGAAGGUCUACCUGCAGAAGUACAGGGAGCUCGAAGGGGAGAGGAUGACGACGGGGAGGCAGGGAGAUAAGGAAAGUGGCGGCGGAGGAGGAAAUGGAAGCUCCGGCGGUGGGGGAUACAAUGGGGGAGGAGGGAUGUACGGUGGGGUUGUGACGAUGGGGCAUCAUCAUCAGGGACACGUGUACGGUGGAAGUGGGAUCAAUUAGAGAAUCAGCAACCUCUGUCUCUGACUUGGUUAACUCGAAAUGGCUAUAUUUUACUUGCAAUGUAAAUGUAUUUAUCCUUUUAAUGUAUUUCUCCUUGCUCUGUUCUUAUGCAAGUGUUGUUAAUUCUUCUAUGUUAUUGAUCAGAGCCAUUCAUGGUGCAACAAGUGUUUGUUCUUUAGAUGAUUCUGAAUCAUUUUGUAUAUAAUUUAAUUGUAUUGCAUAGAAGAGUUUUUUUUUA